AUGUCUUCACCGAGGAAGUCCAGCGACAAGAUCGCGCUGAACCUUCAGAAUCAAGCCGAGGAUGCGACCAUCUUCGACACCGUCCAAAGGGAUGUCCAGAAGUUGACCGGUCGUCGGACGGCAUACGCACUCGGAACCCAAGGUCGGUGUCUAGCACUUGAUAUGUUUCAUACAACGAGCAGUUCCUUCCCCGAUUUCGGCCAGACGUCCGUCCUCCCUGCCACCGAUCAACGCCCAACUCCAGAAAUGAUCUGCUUAGAGUCAGACGAUGAGGACUGCCACGCACAAAGACGCGGCGACGUGAGCCCGACGCGACUCGGUCCCGUCGACGAGCGGAGGCAAACCUCCGCUGAUGGAAGACCCACGAAAGACGGCUCGCGUCCCUCCGUGCUGGUUGUGGACGGCAGCAGGACAGAUUCCAACUCGACUGGAGUCGGUCACGAUCGGUCUCCCCUCGCCGUUUCUCCUGCUCGGAUGCUCCAAACUCAGAGCGCUGCUGGGACGAGGCCGCUACCGGGAGUCAUAAGGAUCGCUCCCAAGGCCCCUGCCUCCGCUCUCAACGUCCCUGCCUUCGAAGCACAUCCACCCGUCGACAGCGGCCUUCACCCGGUGCGGAUGAAGAGCAAGACGGGAGGAGAAGGGAGCGCCAAGAAGAUCAAGGUGGAAACCGAGAACGAAUGCGAAUCGAUCCAUGACCCCUGUCCACCUGUGCAAUCGACUCAUGCUGACGACGCGGGACGCUGGGAUCUCGGCUGCUCCGAGUCUUACGACACCGUACGUUAUUCUUGGUUCGGGUCUGGAGGGGAUGUAUCAGACCAAGACACAGCUAUCAAUCCCCCUUCUGAAAAAGGACAAUGA